AUGAAAAUGAAGGACGCGCUGUCCUACGCGCUGAGGAUCGAGGGGCGGCCCUACACCGUGCGCCUGCGGCAGCAUGUCUUCUUAUCUGAUGACUUCAGGAUUUAUGUGUCUAAUGAGAAAGGAUCUUUGCGCUCUGAUUCAGCCCCUAUCAAGGGGGGCUGCCACUACCGGGGGUACAUCGAGGGCUUCCCCGGCUCGGCAGUGACCCUCAGCACCUGCUCGGGGCUCAGGGGGCUGCUGCAGUUUGAGAACGUCAGCUACGGGAUCGAGCCCCUGGGUUAUUCUCCUGCGUUCGAGCACUUUGUGUAUCGAGUGAGCGACGAGAAGCCGGCAGGGUCCCUCCUGGCCCGGGGCCACGCCGGGCUGGCGGCAGAGGAGAUGAUUUUGCCGUUCACGUACCUUGAACCACUGCCAGCUGCAGCACGAUCUCCCAAAUACUUCCAAGUGUAUGUAAUUUUGGACAAGGCUUUGUACAACUAUAUGGGUUCAGACACAAGUGCUGCGACACAGAAGAUAAUCCAGGUCUUCAAUUUAGUCAACAAUAUGUUUAAUCCUCUGAAUGUUACCAUUGUGCUGUCCUCCCUGGAGCUGUGGACAGAGGAGAAUAAACUAUCGACAGCAGGGGAAGCGGAUGACCUUCUACAGCGAUUUCUACAGUGGAAACAGUCAUACCUCGCUCUGCAGUCGUAUGACACCGCUUAUCUACUGGUGUACAGGGAGCGCGCAGCGUUCGCGGGCACCACGGCUCCGGGGAAGGCGUGCCAGAGGGACGCUGCCGGCGCAGUGGCCGUGUACCAAGGGGCCGCGACGCUGGAGUCCUUCUCCGUCCUGCUGGCCCAGCUGCUGGGCCGCAGCCUGGGCAUGAGCUACGACGGCUCCCGCGGCUGCCGCUGCCCCGGGCGCGUCUGCCUCAUGAGCCCGGAGGCGCGCCGUUUCAGUGGGGCAAAAGCCUUCAGCAGCUGCAGCAUCGAGGACUUUGAAACCUUCCUGAGGCACGGUGGAGGCGUGUGCCUUUCCAAUAGACCCCGCUUGACCGGACUGUCCGACCGCCGAGCGCCCGCCUGCGGCAACGGCGCGGUGGAGCCCGGCGAGCAGUGCGACUGCGGCGGGGCGGAGGCAUGCUUGAAAGAUAAAUGCUGUACACCGACAUGUCAGUUCAAGCCAGGAGUGAAAUGUUCCUCUGGAUUAUGCUGCAGUGAAUGUCAGUUCAAGCAGAAAAACUCGCCGUGCCGCCCGGCCGCCGACGCGCAGUGUGACCUGGCCGAGUUCUGCAGCGGGUCCUCCGCGUCCUGCCCCCCCGACCUGUACGUGCAGGACGGGCACGGCUGCGAGCACGGCACCGGCUACUGCUACAAGGGACGCUGCCAGUCUCCGGACCUGCAGUGCCGGCGGCUCUACGGGAGAGGUUCAAAAAAUGCUCCUGUGGCUUGUUACGAGGAACUCGGUGCUCAGCAGGACAGAUUUGGACACUGCGGGGUCCGGCGCGGACAAGGCUAUAAGUCCUGUACUUGGAGGAAUCUCAGAUGUGGAAAGUUGGUCUGCACGUACCCGUACAGCACUCCCUUUCCAUCAGAUGUUGCUGCUGUUGCUUACGUCCAAGUGCGCGAGCAUUUGUGCGUGUCUUUGGAUUAUUUGAAUGCACCAUCAAGGCUGGAUCCUAUUCUGGUUCCGCCAGGUACAAAGUGUGGUUCUGGAAAGGUGUGUAUAAACAACACUUGUCACCCACAUUCGGUCCUGGGGUACGACUGUGACAGCCAAGUGAAGUGCCACGGCCACGGCGUGUGCAAUAAUAAGAGACACUGCCACUGCCACCCCGGCUGGCAGCCCCCCGACUGCCGGCGGAGGGGGUCCCGCCUGGGGGGAAGCAUCGACAGCGGCUUGCAGGUGGCGGAGAGCGGCCUGGGGGUCCAGCGAGCACUGGAGGGGAUGGUGCCGACCUGGCCCGUGCUGGGCUCCUGCCUCCUCCUCCUCCUCCUCGCCGGGACCUUCUGCCUCGUCAUCUGGCAGCCUGCGCUGGGCCGGUGCUGCGGGCGGCAGCCCCCGAGCACGGAGGGCCCCGGCACCGAGGAGGGCAGCGACGGCCGGGACACGGGCACGGACACGGACACGGGCACGGACACAGGCACGGGCACGGGCAUGGACAUGGACACGGGCACGGACACGGGCAGGGACACGGGCACGGACACGGGCACAGACACGGGCACGGGCACGGGCACAGACACGGGCACGGGCACGGGCAUGGACACGGGCAUGGACACUGACACGGAGCCGGAGCCGGGGCCGGGGCAGCAGCGCGGGCACUAA